AUGCCCGCAGCCAUGCUCCCCUACGCUUGCGUCCUGGUGCUUUUGGGAGCCUCCCCGGCCAGCACCUGCCUCACCUCCAGGCUCUUCCUGGGCCCUGUGUGGGCCAAGGUGAACGGAGGGAGCCCGGAGGCCCUCGGGGGGAGGCCGGGUCUGGAGGAGGCGGUGCCGGGUUUCAUCCGGGGCCGCCCAACCGCCCCAGCCGAAGCUCAAGAGGGCCCCCUUGUGGAAACUCCCGAGAACAGCCCCGCCCCCGCGUCCCCCGACCCACUUCAGCCACAGGCGUGGUGGGACGAAGUGUCCCGGGAAGGCCUGUCGCAGGAGCGGGGCCGGCGGGUCGAGGCGGCCGCCCCUGAGCGCAGCCUGUCGCUCCUCCUCCCUGAGGCCUCCGAGCCCUCCCCUGGCCCCGCUGCUGGCCUCACGCCUCAGCCUGACCCCACCACACGCAUCCCGAGUGAGCACCACGGCUGCCUCCUGUCCCGGGUGCAGGGCCCGUCCGCCACUGCCCGGCGGCACUCGGCCACGGCAGGGUCCGUCUGCUUUGCAGCCCACACUGCAGAGGCAGCCGGGAUGGCAGAGGGUAGCCGCCUGCGCUGGGGACCACAUUGCCAGCAGCUCCUGCCCAGCAGAGCGCCCGUCACCGCACUGCUGCCCCCACGCCUGGACGGGCCCUGGAUCUCCACUGGCUGCGAGGUGCGCCCGGGACCCGAGUUCCUCACCCGCUCCUACACCUUCUAUCCCGACCGCCUCUUCCGCGCCUACCAGUUCUACUACAGGGACCCCUCGUGCCGGGAGCCCGCCCACUCACUGCUCAUCAAGGGCAAGGUGCGCCUGCGCCGGGCCUCCUGGGUCACCCGGGGCGCCACCGAGGCCGACUACCACCUGCACAAGGUGGGCGUCGUCUUCCACAGCCGCAGCGCCCUGCUCGACGUGGCUGGGCGCCUGGACCAGAGCCGGGCCGGCCGGGCCUGCGCGCACCGCCUGCCCGCCGCCCGGGCCUGGCUGCCGGGGGCCCUGUACGAGCUUCUGGGUGCCGGGGCUGAGCGGGACUGCGCGGCCGCCCUGGGCUUCACCAUGCACGAGCUCAGCCUGGUCCGUGUGCAGCGCCGCCUGCAGCCCGAGCCCCGGGACGCGCCCCGGCUGGUGGAGGAGCUCUACCUGGGGGACAUUCACACCGACCGGGCGGAGCGGCGGCACUACCGGCCCACCGGUUACCAGCGCCCGCUGCAGAGCGCCCUGCACCACGCCCGCCCCUGCCCGGCCUGCAGCCUCAUCGCCCGCUCCGACGAGCACCACCCGCCCGUGCUGCCCCGCCAGGCGGCCCUGCCCCUGCGCCUGGGCGGCCGCUGGGUCAGCCCCGGGUGCGAGGUGCGCCCUGCCGUGCUCUUCCUCACCAGGGUCUUCACCUUCCAUGGGCACAACCGCUCCUGGGAAGGGUAUUACCACCACUUCUCGGACCCCACCUGCCGGCAGCCCACCUUCACCGUUUACGCAGCCGGCCGCUACACCAAGGGCACGCCGUCUGCCAGGGUUCGUGGCGGCACCGAGCUGGUGUUCCAGGUCACGCGAGCCCGUGUCACCCCCAUGGACCGGGUCACCAUGGCCAUGCUCAACUUCUCCGAGCCGAGCAGCUGUGGUGGCCCGGGGGCCUGGUACCUGGGAGCCGAGCGGGAUGUCACCGCCACCAACGGGUGCCUGCCGCUGGGCAUCCGGCUCCCCCACGUGGAGUACGAGCUCUUCAAGAUGGAGGAGGGCCCCCUCGGGCAAAGCCUGCUCUUCAUCGGACAAAGGCCCACUGACGGCUCCAGUCCCGACACCCCGGAGAAGAGGCCCACAUCCUACCAAGCACCCCUGGUGCUCUGUGACAGGGUGGCCUGGGGCUUCUCCAGGCCUCCGCAGCACAGGCCUCUGCUGCAGACGCCCGUCAGUGGUGGGGGGCUGGGCCCCCCAGCGGCCCCUCUCCCCUUCCUGCUUCUGGUUCUCGGGCUGGCCUUCCUCCAGUGGCUAUGAAAUUGGUCUCUGACUUCCAGACGGUGCCUCAGGACACUCGUCCGACCCCAUGGACUCCCUUCUGGCGCAGACUCCUCCACCCGUGACCGUCCUGGACGGUUACACAGCCCGGCCUGCAUCCUAAGUGGCUCAGGACCUGAGCUUCAACAGCGCCUGCAGAGCCUACACCACGGCUAGCAACGCGAAUCAUGACCACAAACUCGGGCACCGCAGCAACGUCAACUGCUCCGAGUUCCUAAGCGCUCACUCCCAACUUUCCCGGGCAGCGCGCGGACCAGCGCCGGGGGGUGGACCACACCCGUCUCCCUGCCC